AAACAUGUAAAUAACAUCCGGGUCACCAUUGCUAUCCCAUAAUAUUAUUCAACAUGGCGGAGACCGUUCCGGGAGAUUCGAGUCCAGAGUCGGACCGUGAGUUUAACCCGUCUGCAGAGAUGCUGAUUGAUGAAAUUGACGACGAGCAGACUUUAGAAGAGGAAGAGGCGCAGGACAGCGGAGACAGCAACGAGGUCGCAGAGCUGGAGAAGGAGGGUGACAUGCCGUUGGAACAGCUGCUGGCGAUGUAUGGCUAUUCCGAGGAGGGUGCGCACCCCCCCAGCAGUGACGGGGAGCCGGACUUGCCCCCUGACCUCACGCUGGACAAGGAGCAGAUCGCCCGCGACCUUCUGCCGCACGAAACGCCCGAGGAUCGAGAGGCUUCGUCUUCGCUCGAGUUCUUAGCCAGGCUGGACGGGGAAGGGGAGGCAAACCACAGAACACUCAGACCGAGAACCAACGGCGAAGGCUACUCAGAAGACGAUGAUGAGGACGAUGAAGAUUACGUUCCCGCUGACGACUGGAAAAAGGAUAUCCAGGUGGGUCCAGACUACCAGGCUAAGGUCCCGGCCGGGCUGGCUGCUUACGACGAGGGAAAACCGGUUCCUUACGACAGCGAAGACAGGCUGCUCUGGGACCCAACCAGGCUCGACGACAAGCAAGUGGAAGGCUACCUUGAGGAGUACGCCUCCAUCGUACCGGGCUCGGCGGGAAUGGGCGCGGUUCCGGCGGGUGGACAUGUACGGGAUGAUGAACAGGCGUUGUUCCUGUUGAUGCAGUGUGAAGGAGACUUUAAGGAGGCCCUGAGAAGGAAAAGGCUGCAGUCGGUCAGCCCCGCCUCUGAGGAGAGUUUGUGGUCAGAAGAAGACUGCCGGAACUUUGAGAGUGGCCUGAGGAUGUACGGAAAGGACUUCCACAUGAUCCAGAAAACCAGGUUGCCGAUGAAGUCGGUUGGAGACCUGGUGCACUUCUAUUACCUGUGGAAGAAGACAGAAAGGCACGACAUGUUUGCGAACCACGCAAGGCUCGGCAAGAAGAAAUACAACUUCCAUCCUGGUGUCACGGACUACAUGGACAGGCUGCUGGAUGAAAGCGAGUCCCAGGCCUCGUCUCGAGCCUCGAGUCCGAACUUUAACCCCAGCCUCAAGCACAAACAUCUGCUCAGCAGCAUGGCAACCUCCGGAUCAAGUUACAUCCCCUCGCUGGCCGACUUCAACACAGGCACUCCCACAAUUCCUGUCAUCGACCCCAACCUGGCGACCUCCAGCGCAAGUGGAUUUGACCUUGAUGGGCUGGGAAUCCAGGCGCUCAGCUCCCUGCUGAACAAUGACCUUGGGGGAAACGACCUUCUGGACGUACAGCCGCUGAAAAAGUUCAAGUCAGACUCUGAGUCAAACGGGGGGUUACACGCCGGCUCUCGCGCUAACCACAUAUUCCCUGGGGGGGAGGGGGGCAAGCAAGGUCACGAGGUGACCUUCACGGGGGCUGCCAUGGCAACCAUCUCGUCAGGGCUGCACACAGACAGCCUGCUGAUGACCUCUGCCCUGCGACCCAGCACGGCGAAGAGUGUGGAGUCCUGCAGCCAGUAAUGUUAGCCGGGGGGGAGGGGGGGCAACACAAUACCUCGCAGGGCAGCCCGAUGUACAUAUGUGAAUAACUCGGCUUCCCUCUCACAAGUGUUACACCGACAGGACAGGAACAAAAAGUGCUGUGUGCCGCUUCACUGGACCAGUUCAGGACUUGUAAAAAUGUUUAGUUUCAAGAAAAAAAACCUUAAAAGUCAAGAACCAAUUGCAGAAAAAAAGCAUGUUACAUACCCCUUUUCUUUCUAAACCACCUAAAACUUCCAUAGAUUGCAAAAUCUGUGCUGCAAAAUGAAGAAAACAUUGCCUGCGGCCAUCGUAAAGUGUCGGCCUCCAUGUUGUGUGGCCAAAGUUUUGCUCAAACAACAUUGCAAGGUUGCCAACAUGCCAUGGGCUAAGGUCCGGACUUAAGAGCUCGGAACUGAACCUCUGGACUUGAAUCCGGACCUGAACCUGAAUGUGGGUUUAGGUACACAGCACUAGGAACAAACGAUUGAGCACCCGACUGGAAAAUAGGACAGGCUCUUCUCAUCUUGGGGUCAGCUAAGGUCGUCUGCUGGUUAAUUUGGGCAUUCAUGAAUGUUGCCACAAAUUUUGCUACAUAUUUUACUGCUCCAGCCAAAUUAAAACUGGUAACAGAAAAGUUCAUCCAAAAACUUUGCAGAAAAUGUGCUCUUAGGUCAGAUCCAACCGGAAUCUUGUACAUAAAUGCUGGUAUACUUGAGUUGAUUUGCAGUAACUUGAAGCUGUUCUAUAACUAACUUAUCAGGCCAGUGACUCGCAGGAAUAAACAUGUAGGGUUCCGUCUGGAGUCUUGCAGCCGCCAGGCACUGAGGAAAGUACCUGCAGAGGGACUGAAACAGCUCAAGCCAGCCGGGGAAUUUUCUUUUGAGUUUUUAUAUUCCUACUUAAAAAAACAGAUGAUGGAAAUGGGUACACAGAUUAUGGAAGUACUUCAGAAAUUUGGUAAUCUUAAAACAAGCACAUCUGCACAGGUGUGUGGCAUAAUUAUGUGUUGGCCCGCCGACACUGGCUCCAACCAUGGCCCAGUUAUAUUCUGGCCGAGGCAAAUCAAAAUUGGCAUGAAAAAAAACAAACAAAAUAUGUGUGAAUGGGAUAAGAUGCAUAAUUUAGGGGUUUAGAUUUCUUCUAGAAAAGUUCAUUUCAGCAAUUUUUUUGUACUUCAUACAGUGUUUUGUACAACAUGUGUUAGCAUGCCAGCCAGCAUAGUGUUGAUUGCAUAUAAUACUUUUGUUUCUACCAUGGACUGUUUUAGUAAAGGUACAUGUAUGUAAAUUGUAGUGUCACUGUAGGAAGGUAGGCUGUUUUUUCACCUUAAAGUGUUUCUGUGACAGGAAUUUGAUAUUUAAAAUGAAGCAGAUGAAGAUUAUGGAAAAAUAUGCAAAAAGAGGAGACCUUUAUUUUAGUAACUGUACAUAGCUGAGAAUGUGGAAGGUCGGAAGGAAGAAACCAAAAAUGCUGUAUGUACAUUUUACCGUAGGUGAACUUUGCUCCUGUAGAAAAAUAGUCGCAGUUUUCCUACUCAAACAUCACGAGCUGAUGAUGGUGCUGAGCCUUAUGGCAAGGUAGAACACUUAUGUGAGACAAUGCAGGUUAAAGGUGACAGGUUAAAGGUGAACUGGGGUGAGAGACACACUAUCUGUGGAGAAACCUUGUACUGGUUUUUUAUAUUCCAAGCAAUACGGUAGUUCACACAACUCAUUUGGAGGUGCUGUAAGUUUUAUUAAUCAUGAAGUGGUUUGACUGUAGGGGAAGCUGGUGUAAGAAAUGCCAGUCUCCAUGUGUUGAAGCUGGGAAGAGUUUUACACUCAAACCUGCCCAUUCUGUGAUUCAUUUGCUUUACUCCACUCUGGGGUCUCUCAAUUUACUGUCUAAAUAUUCACUUUUGUGUCGCUGAUAGCCAUUAUAGGUCUGCUUUUUAACAUCAUAGUUUCCUGUGAAGUGAAGCAAAUUUUCCUCAUGAAAUAGUACCUCAUACAUCAUUAAAUAACUAGAUUUUACCAGCACAAGUUUGAUUCUAGUGACUUAAGGAAAACUAGCCUGACGCCAUGUUUUGUACAGCUGCAGUCAACUUUUCUGUUUUAACCGGAAAGAAACUGGGCAGAAAGUGUAGACUACAGGAGCAAUGAAAGGGUUCACCUGAUGUUAAAUAAACCUGCCUUCGUGAGGCGCCGCUGGAAAAA